AUGCAAACAGAGACUCCGCCAGCAGACGGUGGAUUGCAAGGAUCGCUUCUAUCUGGUAUUGGCUCUUUAUCAGAUACUCACACUCUUGAACAUAUUCUUUUGAAACAGCAGGAAAUUCGCAAUCGACUGCAAUCAACUACUCGUACACUUCAAGUAUUCAACAUAUUCUCUGCUGCCCGCUUCUCAGAAAACUCUGCUAUUGUUCAGGAUUAUGCCAAAUUGCUUUCCAUCACUCAAUCGGAUCUAGAACAGGUAUUCCAGCGAGUUCGUGCGCUCAAGCGAACAGUUGCAGAUGCGCAUGCAGAUAAAUAUCAGCAGGUUAUCUCAGAGAUUGGACCUAUGCCCGAGUUGGAGGACUAG